GCGAAGAGCUGAGAAAGGUAUCUCUCUCUAAAAGGCAAUUUUGCUUGCUUAUCUCUCUAAAAUCUUACGCUGAUCAUUUUUUUUUUCCUUUAGAAUGUCAACUUGGAUAUCUCUGCGAGAUCUUCUUGUGGAUACAAAGGAAGCAGAGGCGGCUCCUACGCUUUCUUCGACUCUCUCUGCCGAAUACAGUGAGAAAGAACUAGAAGCUUCGUUGGGAAAAGAGGUGAAUUCAGCGGAUUCUUUGUUCGAUCUUCAACAGAAAGAAGAGUGCACAAUCCCUAUUGAGGAACGGCCUUCCGAAACUAUGGAGAAAGAAAGUGACGAAGCCAGUGAGAAAUUCUCUGAUUUUAUGGUGUUUGAGAAGUCUAAAUUUACUGAGAAAUCUCUACAUUCACAAGACGAAAAUAUUUCUAAAGAAGAGGAAGAAGUUUCUGAAUCUCUUGAGAAACCUUCGCCUUCUUUAGAAACUGAAGAUGUAAAAUCAACUGAUAAAGGAAAGACUUCUCUAGAAUCAAGCCACCGAGAGAGUCCAAACAUACCAAAAGAGAUAUGUCUAGACUCUGUUGGAAAAGGAGAGUCAUCCAAGUUGGAGGAAGAAAAAGAAUCGACCGACAAACCGGGAAAGCCGAAGAAGACGGCGAGAGUGCAGAGCAACGAGAGCGUCUCUGAUAACGCCAGCGUUGUACAGAUGUCCUUGAAGCCGUGUCCCAGCGUAGGCUCGAGUCUUGAGAACUUUGAACUCAACAGUUUAUUGCAUGCGAUUAGAUCGGUCGACAGUCAUCCGGGGAGUGCAGAGAACGGUGCGAUGAUGGAAGAAGCGUGGGAGAGAUUACAGAAAUCUUACGUAUAUUACAAAGGCAAGCCUGUGGGAACGCUCGCGGCUAUGGAUCCUAUCGCUGAGGCUUUGAAUUACAAUCAGGUUUUUAUAAGAGACUUUGUUCCCAGUGGCUUAGCCUGUCUAAUGAGACCAGCCACUGCUGGUGGCGAACCAGAGAUAGUAAAGAACUUUCUGUUAAAGACUCUCCACCUCCAAGGUUGGGAGAAAAGGAUUGACAACUUUACACUUGGAGAAGGUGUCAUGCCUGCCAGUUUUAAAGUUCUUUAUGAUACACAUCGGCAGAAGGAAACCUUGGUUGCAGAUUUUGGCGGGAGUGCAAUAGGAAGAGUUGCUCCUGUUGACUCUGGGUUCUGGUGGAUCAUCCUGCUAAGGUCGUAUACCAAGUGCACGCAUGAUUAUACGCUUUCAGAAAUGCCUGAGGUGCAGAGAGGAAUGAAGCUGAUACUUAACCUUUGCCUUUCAGAUGGAUUUGACACUUUUCCUACACUUCUAUGUGCAGAUGGGUGUAGCAUGAUUGAUAGGAGGAUGGGAAUUUAUGGGUAUCCUAUUGAGAUCCAAGCUCUCUUCUAUUUUGCACUGAGGUGCUCUAGGCAGAUGCUGAAACCAGAGCGAGAUGGCAAGGAACUGAUUGAGCGUAUUGAUAAGCGCAUCGCUGCUCUCAGUUUUCACAUCCAAAAAUACUACUGGCUUGAUUUCACACAGUUAAACAACAUAUAUCGUUACAAAACUGAGGAGUAUUCCCACACCGCUGUCAAUAAGUUUAAUGUCAUCCCUGAGUCCAUUCCUGAUUGGCUGUUUGAUUUUAUGCCCUUACGGGGGGGAUAUCUUAUUGGUAAUGUCAGCCCUGCUCGAAUGGAUUUCCGCUGGUUUUUGGUUGGAAACUGCAUUGCAAUCUUGAGUUCACUUGCUACACCUGCACAAGCAUCAGCAAUUAUGGAUUUGAUUGAGGAGCGUUGGGAGGACUUGAUAGGAGAGAUGCCUUUGAAGAUAGUUUAUCCAGCCCUGGAGGGUCAUGAAUGGAGAAUUAUCACUGGAUUUGAUCCCAAAAACACAAGAUGGAGUUACCAUAAUGGUGGAUCAUGGCCAGCUCUGAUAUGGCUACUCACAGCAGCGUGUAUCAAGACUGGAAGGCCUCAAAUUGCAAAACGAGCCAUAGAGCUUGUUGAACACCGCCUUUCCAAAGAUGGAUGGCCUGAGUACUAUGAUGGUAAGGCGGGGCGUUAUGUUGGGAAGCAAGCAAGGAAAUAUCAAACAUGGAGCAUUUCUGGCUACUUGGUUGCAAAGAUGAUGAUUGAGAACCCAGCCAAUCUCCCUAUCAUCUCUCUUGAAGAAGAUAAAAGGAUUGCCAAGCCAAAGCUCACCCGCUCUAUCUCGUUCUAAAAACAACUGCAUCCGACAGAGGAAAGAUGUAAUCGUGGUGAUAGGGAUAUUCUUGCAGUCAUAUAACAUGACACUUCGGUAUUACAUUAGCAUUUUUGUCUUUUUUCCUAAAGGACGGUGCGAAAGUAUCAAAAUGUUCAUAUUGAGACAGUUUUUGCCAUAAGAGGUUGUAUGAAGUAUGGACUCUGUAAAGGUUGGAUUCCACACGUCUUGACAUGUACUGCAUGAUGCAAAAAGGAAAAGUGCGCAUCCGGGGAAUCGAACCCCGGUCAGUACCGUGGG